GGUUCCUUCAUACGUGUGGAGGGACAUUAAAAGGAAAGAACGGUACCAUAGAAAGUCCAGGUUUCCCGUACGGAUAUCCUAACGGUGCCAACUGUACCUGGGUAAUCGUAGCAGAACAAAUGAACAGGAUUCACAUCGUUUUUCAAUCUUUCGCUGUGGAAGAGGAAUAUGAUUUUUUAUCUUUGUACGAUGGACACCCACAUCCGGCAUACUUCCGGACGAGGUUAACAGGAUUUCAGAUCCCACCUCCUGUCACCAGCACAGGAUCCAUAUUUUCACUACGGCUUACCAGUGACUUUGCAGUAAGCGCUCAUGGAUUUAAGAUGGUUUAUGAAGAGUUAAGGAGCAGCGCCUGUGGGAACCCUGGUGUUCCACCUAAAGGCAUCCUAAACGGCACACAGUUCAACAUGGGGAACACGAUCCGCUACAGGUGUGUGACGGGCUACGUGUUGGACGGUCGCUCACUCCUUACCUGUGUCCUCAACACAGGCAAUAUGGCCGUCUGGGAUUUCCCCGUCCCCAUCUGCAGAGAGUUAAGGAGUAGUGUCUGUGAGUUAAGGAGCAGCGCCUGUGGGAACCCUGGUGUUCCACCUAAAGGCAUCCUAAACGGAACACAGUUCACUAUCGGGAACACGAUCCGCUACAGGUGUGUGACGGGCUACGUGUUGGACGGUCGCUCACUCCUUACCUGUGUCCUCAACACAGGCAAUAUGGCCGUCUGGGAUUUCCCCGUCCCCAUCUGCAGAG